ACCAAUGCCGAAAUGACGUAGGCGCGCUAAAGAUGGCGUGAGUUUUAAACCGUCGCCGGGUGACGUUACAGAGGAAGACCGUAGAGUCGACAUGCAGCCGGGACCGGUGGACCGGAGCGGAGAGCCCGGCUGUGGCCGGACAGCGGAGCGGCGCAGGACCGACCGCAGGACCCGGACCCGCAGCUCCAAGGAGGAAACCUCAAGGACCCCAGUUAUCUUGGACUCCACGAGUCGCCAGGAGAAGCCGGCGGCCGGCAGAGGAGGAGAAGAGAGGAAGAAGGAGGGAGGAGGAGACAGAGGAGCGAUGGAGAGGAGUGUGGCGGUGAGGCGGGCGGCCUCGGUGGGAGCAGGAGGCGGCGAGGGGACCAGAGAGCUGAGGUGGAGGCUCAACCUGCUGGAGAAGGAGAAGCUGAAGCUGACAUGCAGCCACAACCAGGAGGUGUGCUCGCUGCAGGCGGAGGUGGCCCGCCUCCGCUCCUCGGUGGAGCGCGGUGAGGCGCGGCGGGCGGAGCUGCAGUACCAGCUGGCUGCGAGCCGCAGGGACAGGUGCGCUCUGACAGAGCGAGCGGCGGAGCUGCAGGAGGCGCUGCUGGUCAGCCAGCAGGCGAGGCAGGAGGAGCGGGGAGCCGCUCAGCAGGAGGUGGAGGAGCGCCAGCGGCUGAUCCAGAACUUGAGCUCUGAGAAGCAGAGACUGACCCGACUGCUGCAGGACCAGGAGGCGGCUCUGGAGGAGUCCAGGAGGAAGACGGCGGAGGAGCAGCGGGAGCGUCAGCAGGAGGCGGAGGUGAGCCGGCGCCGAGCCGCCCAGCUGGAGGACCUGGAGGAGAGGCUGGAGCGGAGCUGCAGGGAGAAGGAGCUGGCAGGUCAGAGGGCGGAGGCUCUGGAGUCCAGCCUGGAGGCGGAGCGAGCGGCUCACCUGGAGUCCAGACACGACGUCCAGGUCCUCCAGGUGAGGACCAGGGACCUGGAGGCGGCGCUGGCGGUGGAGCGGUGCGGCCAGCAGGAGGCGCAGCGGAGCCUGGAGCUGCUGCGAUCCAGCUUCAGCGAGCUGGAGAGGCUUUACAGCCUGGAGGCGGAGAGGAGGGGGUCCGCUGAGCGCGCCCUGGAGCGGCUGCAGGAGGAGUUCAGUCUCUACAAGUCUGAGGCCGCUGUGGCCCUGGAAACCGAGAGGAAGGCGACCUUUGACCUCUCCAAGCGGCUGGAGGAGGAGGAGAGCCGGCACGGCGGCACGCGGACGCUGCUGCAGCAGGCAGCUGAGCGGCAGGCGCAGGCAGACGAGGCCUUCAGGGACACCCUGCAGCGGGUCUCCGGCCUGCUGCCGCCUGCAAAGCAUGAUGGGAAGCCGAGUCCUGGUGAGGUGCUGCAGCAGCUGGAGGCGACUCUGAGCGCCAACCAGCGCCGCCUGGAGGAGUCCACCCAGCAGGUCGGGGUUCUGCUGGACGCGUCCCAGAAGCUGCAGGAGGAGAACCGGCUUCUCCAGCGGCUGGUUUCAGAUCAGCAGGAGCAAGCCGAGGAGGCCCGGCGGGCGCUGGUCCAGCUGCAGGAGGAGGCGGCGGCGCUGCGGCUGCAGAGCUCUGAUUGGUCGGCGCAGAAGAAGGAGCUGCAGGAGGAGCUGCAGCGAGAGAAGGAGGAGAGGAACCAGGAGGUCCAGGAGGUCCGGAAGGAGGCGGAGGCCCGUCUGCUCUUCCUGCACCGCCUGCACCAGCGCCUGCUGCCCCGCGGCAUUCUGGGAGAUGUGAGCUGGGCGGAGCUGUGUGAGGCGGUGACCCAGCGGGUGGAGGAGUUGACCUCUGACCUGCAGAAGGCCGAGGACCAGGUGGCCGUGCUGCAGGAGGCGUGCAGCAGGAGGAGCGCCUGCGUGCGUCAGCUGCAGCGCAGCCAGCAGGGCGUGCUGGCUCGCCUGGAGGAGAGCGUGAGGAGCAGGGAGGAGGCCUGGAGCCGCCGGCACGCGCUGGCUGUGGUCCAGCUGCAGAGCCAGCUGCAGCUCUGUCGCUCUCAGUGCGACUCCCAGCGGGACCGCGCCUCCUCUCUGGAGCGCCGCUGCUCCUCGCUGACCUCCGACCUCUCCCGGCUGCAGGGCCUCCUGUCAGGGAGCCGGCGGGAGGCGUCGGCCUCCCUCCUGGCCUGCGCCCUGCUGGGCGGAGCGCUGAGGCACGCCCGGCGCUGCGUGGCCGCCCUGUCCCAGCAGAAGGCUCUGCUCCGCCGGCAGCUGGCCGAGAGGGAGCUGCUGGAGCAGGAGGUCAGGAGGCUGGCCGACGCCCUGGGAGGCCAGGAGGAGGAGGAGGAGGAGGAGGAGAGGAGGAGGAAGACGAGGAGGAGGUGGAGGAAGGGUGUGUGUGCGGUGCUGGCUCUGCAGAGGUGGACGGCUCUGAGCAGGAGGACGGCGGCCUUGUUUCAGCUGGAGAGGAGCGGAGGCAGCGUGGCCGUCUGUGGAGACCCGACUACGGCAAGCCUGAAGGAUGAGAACGGUGAAGGCGCUGAAGGCGUUUGUGCCCGCUGGCUUCGCUCUAAAAGUCUUCCCUCCGUCGUUCUGUCCUCCAUGGCCGACCUGCAGGGGGCGCUAGCUAACACAGCCUCGUCUCCUCCAGACGUGAUCUCAGCUGCUCGCUCAGGCUUGUCCCGCCUCCUGGAUCACCUCCUGGACCAAUCAGAUCCCAGCGUUCCCCGUGGUUCAGCUGAGGAGAAGCUCAUCCAGGACAGGCAGACCAGUCUGAAGGCGCUGGUGUCCGGCCUCCAGCAGCACUUCCUGGAUUUCAGCCAACGGCUGCACUCCGCCGAGGUGGAGAGGCGGAGCCUGCGGCUGGAGGUGGCCAAUCUGAAGAAAGGGCUGCAGCAGGAGAGGGCGGAGCUUAACCGGACGGUGCCGUGGGAGCGCUUCCAGAGCGCCUGUGAGGAGCUGCAGCAGGCCCUGAACAGGGAGCAGGAGGCGCAGGAGCUGAUCCAGGAGCAGUCGGCCCGGCUGCAGGCGCUGCAGCAGCGAGCCGACAGACACUGCUCCAGACAAAGCGCCACGCUGAGCCAAACCAGACAGGCGCUGUCGGAGGUGCGGCAGCAGCUGAGUAGGAAGGAGCGCUCCCUGAGAAUUCUGGGUAAGCACAUGUCGGGCGUCCAGAAGGAGAGGAGGCAGCUGGAGGAGAAGCUGCAGAGAGCGGAGGAGCAGCUGAGGGAGAACGUCAGAGCUUUCCCUCCGCCGUCUCCCAGCUCCAGGAAGUCUCCGCCCACCGCGGUCAUGUGACCGCUCUGAGCAGCCAGCAGCAGGAAAGCAGCGCCUACGUUCCUGAGGAGCUUCAUCCUGAUGAGGAGAAAGCUGCCGGUCCAGAGACGUCUGGAGGGACGUGGAGACGUCCACCAGCUUCACCGGUCCUCCCAGCUGGCUGCUGACCAGAUAGAGGAGCCUAAACUGCUCCAUCAGGAGCCAUGAAGGUCUCUGCUGGUUCUGUUCUGACUCGUGUCGCUCCAGAACUUUUUAUUGUUCUUAUUUAAAUCUCACUGUAGUCUCCUGCUGUGGUUUAUGACCAGAAAUAAACACAUUUACCAGGA